AUGGUCUGCGAGCGCCAAGCCCAGGCCUCUGCCCCGCUGCCCCCGACGCUCACCGCAAGGCUGAGCAGCGACUCCUUGCGCCGCGGCUCCGCAGCGUAUACAAACGCCUCACCGCAGCUUGCGAUCCAGUGGAUCUCGACCCGGGGAGCUUGGCUGCUAGACUCACUCACGAAGGCGUUCGCGUACGUGGGUACCACGACACGCGAGGACCAGAGUGUCGGCAAAGUCCUCGCUGGAUACCGAGACCCGCACCUGCCAUGCGUCACGCCCACGAUUGCCACCUUGAGCGAGCUUCUUCCUGCGCUCGAGUACGCCCAGCUGCUAACCCUGCGCGGCCAGCUCUUCAAGAACGUCAGCGGCUUCACGGACACCACGCUCAACGUUGACGCCUUAGUCCUGGAUGAGGCGCUCGCGUCCCUGCUCAUCCAUCUUGACGACGUCGCGACGGCAGUCCAGCAGGAGCAGGCUGCCACAGGCUUCACAUCGCAUUACCUGUACUGCUUUCACGAAGCUCUGGACGCAGCCAACGUAGCGCUGGGAGCUCGGCUCUCGCUGGACACGUGCAUUGGUUGGGGUCGGCAGCUUCGCACGGCUUGGCAAACGGAGAACUUCGGACAGCUGGGUGAACGCAGCAAUGGAAACACCACCAUACUUGCCGCAACCGUCACCCAGAUGCUAUCGUCCAUCGCAGCAAUGCAGCGCACACUUCAGAAGCUCGUCGCGGCCCACGAGAGCAAGGCCACCAGCGCUGACGGUCCUGCUCCUUGUCGCUGUGCUGGCCAGGCCCCGCAGGCGAGCACUGACACCGUCGUUGAAGCGCACUCUCUUGCUGGCUGCUUCUACAACUGGUACACACUGGAGCUGUGGCACACGGCAACCCAAAAGAAACAACAGUUUGUUCGCUCUGACCUCAAGGCAGGCGUCAACAUCAUGAUCAUAGCAGCAGGGCGAGAGGUAGACGUAACAACGGCGCCACUGGACCGGGACGGCGUCGCGGAAGCAGCGUGUCUGGACGCUAGCGGAAGACUUGGACAAGAAGGUCAACGCUGCGCUUGGGAGUAUCGACGGUAA